UGAAAUAAAAUAAAAAUGGGUGACAACUUCCAAAAUAAGACCAUGGCACCGGUCAUGAUGGAUUACGAUUUUAAGGUGAAAACUCAGAACGAACGAUCUAAAGUUGAGGAUCUUUUUGACUUCGAGGGUUGUAAAGUCGGCCGUGGAACGUAUGGUCACGUUUAUAAGGCUAGACGGAAAGACGGCUCAGAUACAAAGGAUUAUGCUCUGAAGCAAAUCGAAGGGACUGGGCUAUCUAUGUCAGCUUGCAGAGAAAUUGCGUUACUCCGAGAAUUGAAGCAUCCAAAUGUAAUCAACCUCAUUCGAGUUUUCCUUUCGCAUACUGAUAGAAAGGUGUGGCUGCUAUUUGAUUACGCCGAACAUGAUUUAUGGCAUAUAAUCAAGUUCCAUAGAGCAGCAAAAGCUAACAAGAAGUCUGUAAUGGUGCCAAAAGGGAUGGUGAAGAGUCUUCUCUAUCAGAUAUUGGAUGGCAUACACUAUUUGCAUUCCAAUUGGGUAUUGCAUAGAGAUUUGAAACCAGCUAACAUUCUGGUAAUGGGUGAAGGUCCGGAGAGAGGCCGGGUUAAAAUUGCAGAUAUGGGUUUUGCUAGACUGUUCAAUGCUCCAUUAAAGCCUUUAGCUGACCUAGAUCCUGUGGUGGUCACAUUCUGGUACAGAGCUCCUGAAUUAUUGCUUGGGGCUAGACAUUAUACUAAAGCAAUUGACAUAUGGGCUAUUGGGUGUAUAUUCGCGGAGUUGCUUACAUCCGAGCCUAUAUUCCAUUGUCGACAAGAAGAUAUCAAAACCAGCAAUCCUUACCACCAUGAUCAACUGGACAGAAUAUUUAAUGUAAUGGGAUUCCCACAGGAAAAAGACUGGGAAGAUAUUAGGAAAAUGCCUGAACAUGCCACUCUAGUUAAAGAUUUUAAAAGAUCUAAUUAUCAAAACUGUUCAUUAAGUAAAUACAUGGACAGGCAUAAAAUAAAACCAGACAGCAAGGCUUUUAGUUUACUGCAAAGACUUUUGCUCAUGGAUCCUAACAGGAGAAUAACAUCAGAGCAGGCUAUGCAAGACCCAUACUUUGCCGAAGACCCCUUGCCCACACAGGACGUAUUCGCGGGAUGUGCCAUUCCUUACCCGAAGAGAGAAUUCUUGACCGAUGACGAUCAAGAAGACAAGAGUGAUUCAAAAGCUCGGCAGAAUCAGCAGCAGCAACAACCAAAUACUCAACAGAAUCAAGUGCAAGCAAACAGUCACGAUCACGGAGCCAAUAACGCGAAGAGGAUGAGAAUGUCAGGUAUAUUAUACCGACCGAAUCAAGGCAACAACGCAGGUGGCGGUGGUCAGCAAGAGUUCCAUCAACAACAACAGAUGAUGUUUGGUGGCCAACAACAGGGUGGAAGCUCGCAACAACAGGGCAAUUUCCAACAGAGGUUCUAAUGUAUACCAUUGUAAUUUAUACCUUAUGUUUAAGUAUUAUGUUUUUAAUUAAUUUAUAAGUUAAAGUAACGU